AAAUGUCACCAUUUCUGGACGGUAAUGGACAUGCCCAAACCAACCCUGGGUCCCUCUGUCCCUAGCGGUAUCAGCUUUUCCCGAUGGGUGGAAGCUCAUAGAGAGCACUGCGGUUUUGAGGAUCUGAAGCCCUCAGGCGCGUUUAAACGCUCGCAGCCGCCCAUGUCGUAUCAGAAAAAAGCCAAACGCUGAUCUUCUGAGCGUGCUUAACCAUAGAAAGAACCAUGCACAGGGCCCCCCCCUCCCACCCCCCAUAUGGGUACCCCAGCCUUUUC